CUGUUUUGAGGCAGGCUAGCUAGGCUAGGCAUAGAUAAAAGAGUUCUCUUCUGUUCAGUACGUCUAUGGUGUAGGGGAGCGAUUGUAUUUUAGUACGUUCCCCGAGUGAGUGUGUUGUGUGGUCCCUGAAAGUGAGCUGGCAAUGGAAAAGAUCACCAGGGCUUUGCCAGGCACUCCACUUCAACAUGCUAAGGCCAGUGGAUCUUCUGAGGACCCUCGCCAGACUAGCAGAACAAAGAGGGAAACUGUUUCAGGAUUAGUGGGUCUGGUGAACGUGGGCAACUCCUGCUACAUGAAUGCCACUCUACAGGCCCUCUCCAACUGCCCCCCAUUCCGUCAGUACUUCAUCGACUGUCACCCAGGCUCCACCCACAACCGAGCAGCUGACUGUCUCUCCAACAUGUUUAGGCAAAUGUGGACCUCUGAAAGACACCCUGGCCAUCUCUCCCCACGCAAAGUAUCCUCUGUAAUGAAGAACAAGAUAUUUAAAGGCGUUCUCCAACAAGACGCUCAAGAGUUUCUGCGUUGUCUCCUCUCACAGAUCCACGAGGAGAUAGGCCUCCUCAUCCCCGGUGACAUCAAGUGUGGGUGUGGUAAAAAGUCUUGUGACUGUUGCCAUAGAGACAGCAUGAUGUCGUGCAUUUCCCAUGACUCGAAUGUUUCCAAUGACUCAAGCUCCAAACUAGUGAGGUCUGCUUCAGGCUCUCCAGUCACUUUGAAACGAAAACCCUCUUCUUCACCUACCUUCAAUUUUAAGCGGAAGGGCUCGUACAGCAAGCUAAAGUGGGGCUCAAAAAGCUCUCUGGAAAAGGUUCACUUAUCCAGUCAGCAAGGUGACGUGGAGGGUGUGGCAGUGGGUGUGACCAACGACGGUAGUGUGCGUUGGGAGGAAGGAGAGGUGUUUCUAGUGGACCUGGACACUGGGCUAGUCACACUGCACAGCCUUAGAGUGAAGGGGACUAGUGGUCCAGAUCCAUCCUCUGACAAACCUCAGACAGAUACUGUGUCCAGCUCUGGACCCACCAAUCAAUCUGACACAGUUGUUGUGGAACAAGAACGAAAGGAAUCAAUGUCUGAUUGUCAGCAACUUGAGCCCAUUGUGGAGGUUAAAGGUCAGGACGAGGCCACUGCUGAUGGUAGCACAUGCGUGGAUCCUAGUGGCUCUGAGAGUGGAGGUGGUGUCGUGCUGAGGGAGAAACCAGCUGCAAAGAAAGUCGCAGAGAAGCCUCGUAUUGUCAGCAUUGUGAGUCAGGUGUUUGAGGGGGUCCUGGAGAGCAAGGUGACGUGUCUGUCUUGUAAGAAGGUCUCGGUCAUCCACGAGCCAUUCCACGAUCUCUCACUAUCCAUUCCUGGUCGCAAAGAGAUGAACAAGUUUAGUCGUAAACCAGAUGACAGCUGUGACGGUGGCGACCAAUCAGAGGAGAGCAGCAGGAACAACUUCAAGCAGGGUUUUUGCAGUGUGUUCAGUUACGUGAGCACGUUCACUCGUGACCUCUUUGUUGGACCCCCUACUGACCUCCAGGACUGUUUGAACGCUUUCUUUGAUGCCUGUGAACUCAAGGGAGACAACAAAUACUUCUGUACACACUGCAAGAGUUUCCAGAACAGCCGGAAGCAGACGAGUAUUAUCAAGCUGCCUGAUGUCUUGUGUAUUCACCUGAAGCGGUUCAAAUUCGACGCAUACUUCUCUACCAAGAUCAGUCGCAACAUCACGUUCCCUCUGACAGACCUGGAGAUGGGUGGCUACCUCAGGGAGGGCAAGGGUCGCAGGGAGAGGUACAAUCUGGACGCUGUCAUCAAUCACAUAGGAGGAGCCGGAGGUGGUCAUUACAUAGCGUUUGCUCGUAACGGUGGCAACAACAGCUGGUACGAGUUCAACGAUACCAAGGUUCGUCCAGUGUCCUCUGACACAGUGCAGCACACAGAGGGCUACGUCUUGUUCUACCGGAGGGUACCCCCUACAGACUCGUUUGCUGCCCAACCCGUGGACACUGUCACACUGCUGCCGAAACAAGGGACGACCCUUCCCUCCCCUGACGUGUGCUACCUCUCUAGACAUUGGCUGCACCUGGCCAAACACUGCUCUCACCCAGGUCCAAUCUUCCAGCACAAGUACGCCUGUCACCAUGGCAGUGUGGUACAUGACGAAGUGGCGCGCCAGUCCUCGAUGGCGGUGAGGAGAGAGGUGUGGGACCGGCUCCAGAGUAAAUACGGUGGAGGACCUCUUGUCAGUACACUGGACCCGUGCAUCCUGUGUCAGGAGAAAGACUUGUUUGUGAGCUGCCCCUACAAUUUGGAGCAGCUAAAUGCUAAGAGGAAUAGAGAAAAGGACAAAAUUCACCAGAUUCAACAGAUUGAGAAGACUUCAAACUCGAAGACUGAGCCCUUCUUGUUGAGUAUGGACUGGGUGAACAAGUGGAAGAGCUUCAUUCAGUGCAACACCCUAGAUGUGCUCCCUCCUGGACCUAUUGACAACACCCCUCUCCUGGAAUUGGGUGGGGCUGACCACACCUACAAAAUGGCCGACGCUGACUCGUAUCGAAAAAUGUCCUCUGCCACGUGGUCCUACUUCCAUCAGCACUAUGGAGGAGGCCCUGUCAUCACCACCUCGUUAACUGCACUCAACCCUGAGAGUACUGUGUAGUCACGAGUCUUGUUUUUUUUGUAUCUAUUGAAUUAUCUUAUGUUGUGUUUUGUGUUGCGUUGUUGCAAUGGGACAGUAUAAAUAAUGUUUAUAAUUAUACGUACAAGUGUGUUUAAUUAUAACUAAAAUGGUUUAUACUCAUCUCCUUAUUAUACAAGUACAACGUACUGCUUAUAAUAAAUUGUUAUCGUACGUGUUCUAUAGACUGUUAUUGCAAUAAAUUAUUGUUAUUAAUUGAA